CAAAUGUUAGAUCUGAAGUGGAAUAAAGCUGUCAAUCUGUGCUUUCACUAUUCUGUAAAGCAGCUUUGGUAAAGCACUGCUGUCAUGGCUGAACAAAGACAACGUGCUUUGUCAACAUCAGGUGAAGCGUUAUAUGAAAUCCUGGCACUAGAGAAGGGAGCAACACAUGAUGAGAUUAAGAAAUCCUACAGAAAAUUGGCUCUGAAAUAUCAUCCUGACAAGAAUCCAGACAAUCCAGAGGCUGCAGAAAAAUUUAAAGAGAUCAACAGUGCUCAUGCAACCCUGACUGAUCUGUCCAAGCGAAACAUAUAUGACAAGUAUGGAUCAUUAGGGCUCUAUGUGGCAGAACAGUUUGGUGAGGAAAAUGUUAACACCUACUUCAUGCUCUCAAGCUGGUGGGCAAAGGGCCUGUUUGCAGUCUGUGGUUUGCUGACUGGCUGCUACCUCUGCUGCUGCCUCUGCUGCUGCUUCAACUGCUGCUGUGGAAAGUGUAAACCGAAGGCACCCGAGGGGGAGCAGCAGGAGUUCUGUGUGUCUCCAGAAGAUUUGGAAGAGCAAAUUAAGAACGACAUGGAAAGAGAUGGAGAAACUCCUAUUACGCUGCAGCCGACCAAUGUAACUGAGAAGACACAGCUGAUUGGGGACAGCCACCGGAGCUAUCGCACGGAGUCCUAGAGCAGAAGGGUGACCUGCUGCUUCUCACUGAGUCUCACUGUGAGAAAAACAUGUGAUUAG